CCUGGAUCACUUCCUGUAUUGAGAGUGAGGGUUCAAAGGUUUUCAUUACAGCUUGUGUAAUUCCUGUGUGCUUCUCAGACAGAAUCCAAAGAGCUAGCAGUUAUGUCAGCAAACACGGAGUGCCAGACCCGCAGCUUACCCAGCAGGGAACAAUGUCCACAGGCCAAUGGGCUAGAGAGUGUGGCACCUUUGGUGCAUUCAGGGGAGGAAACCCCUGACCCUAUCCCCACUACGAUCAAGGGAAGUAUUCCAGCCUGGAUCAAUGGGAGCUUUUUGAGAAAUGGUCCAGGGAAAUUUGAGUUUGGAGAAGACAGAUACAAUCACUGGUUUGAUGGCAUGGCCCUGAUGCAUCGCUUUCACAUCUUUGAGGGCAGUGUAUCUUACAGCAGCCGAUUCCUACACAGUGAUUCAUACAUCCUCAACUCAGAGAAGAACCGCAUUGUGGUUUCAGAGUUCGGGACAGUAGCCAUGCCUGAUCCCUGCAAAAACUUAUUUGCACGCUUCUUUUCUCGCUUUCAGAUUCCACAGCCCACAGAUAAUGCUAAUGUGAACUUUGUCAAGUACAAGGGAGACUUUUAUGCCAGCACAGAAACCAACUUUAUGAGAAGAGUGGAUCCACAAACCUUGGAGACAAAAGAGAAGGUGGACUGGAGUCAGUAUAUUGCUGUUAACUCAGCUACAGCACACCCACACUAUGACUAUGAGGGAGCAACAUACAACAUGGGCAAUUCCUACAGCAAAGAUGGUUUUUUCUACACCAUCAUCCGCAUCCCUCCCUCUGAGAACACGGCAGCUAAGGAGGACUCGGCAGACCUCAAUGGAGCUGAAGUGAUCUGUUCCAUCCCUGCAGCUGAAUCCAGAAAACCUUCAUAUUAUCAUAGCUUUGUCAUGUCGGAGAACUACAUUGUGUUUGUGGAGCAGCCGAUAAAGCUGAAUUUGCUGAAGUUCAUGCUGUACAAGAUCAUGGGACAGAGUUUUCAAAAAAUCCUCAGCUGGGAGCCACAAUAUGACACCAUUUUCCACCUGAUUGACAGGCACACAGGCAAGGAGAGCGAAGUGAAGUACCGAGCAGCACCGAUGUUCACACUGCAUCAGAUCAACGCAUUUGAAGACAAUGGCUUCUUGGUGAUGGACAUGUGCUGCGGGGAUGAUGGUGUGGUCAUCGGGGACUUCACUCUGGAGAACCUGCGUCGACAAUCGGGAGAGGACAUGGACAAGUUUUACAACUCUUUGUGCAGAAACCUCCCAAGGAGAUACGUCCUGCCUCUAAACAUGGAUGAACAAACUCCUUUGGACCAAAACCUUGUCAUGCUACCAAACUGUAAAGCCACAGCAAAGAAGACAGACUCUGGGGAGGUUUACGUGACCCAUGAGGAGCUUCAUAAUGAUAAGCUAUUGCAGUAUGGCGGCCUCGAGUUCCCUCAGAUCAACUACGACAAGUACAAUGGCAGACCUUACCGUUACUUCUAUGCAUGUGGCUUUGGGCACGUUUUUGCCGACUCGCUGCUUAAGAUGGAUGUCCACACCAAGGAGCUUAAGGUGUGGCGCUAUCCAGGCUUGUACCCGUCUGAGCCUGUCUUCGUUGCCUCACCCACUGCUGCAGAGGAAGAUGAUGGAGUGGUCCUGUCAGUCAUUAUAACUCCUAGAAAGGAAAAAAGUACUUUCUUGCUCGUUCUGGAUGCCAAGACCUUCACUGAGCUGGGCAGAGCUGAGGUCCCUGUCAAUAUCCCAUAUGGAACCCAUGGAGUGUUUAACAAGAUGGGCUAGAUGUGCCACUUUUUGAAGCUCUGUGGCAAAUUGCUGAAAGUAAACCAGCAAGCCAGCCACUUUAUCCACAGGAUGGAAUAUUUCUCUUGAUAUGAUUGCCUAUAAACACUCCUGUGAUGAAAAACACCAAGGAGAAAAAGUAAGAGCAGAGAAAAACUGCAGACUCAUAGCAUUUGUUUGUUCCUUUCUGAAUGAGAUUGAUGCACUUCUUCACUUCAUCCCAGUGUAUCAGUUGGGUGGAUGGAUUUUUUGUAGACUUAUGAGGCACUUUUUUGCUAAUUGCUCGUGUGACAAUUUGUAACAAUCUUUUCAGAAAUGAACUGGGCACCUUGCAGACACUUGAAAGGUCUUCUAUUUUCAUUAGAAAACAUUGCAUCAAAUCAAUGUACACUUUAAAUAAAAUGUGUUUCUUUUUUUCUUUUAAAGUGUUUUUGCAUUACCACACCAUCAGAAACACUAUACUCCCAGAGAGAAGAAAAUAGCACUUAAGAAACAUAAAAAUGCAUCAGAGGAAAUUCAAUUUCUGUCAAAGUAAUGUGAUAAAAAUGAACAAUGUCUGAAAUGGCUGCAAAACAAAUGGAUCUAACUGGUCAAUGGCCUUCUGUGAGUCUAGCGGAGGUUGCAUUAUGAUUUUGUGUUGCCUUGCUCAAAACAAACCAAAACAAAGUCGUAUUACACUGUGAGAUGUGCAGGAACACACGUCCAAACCAUAAUGAGAAGCACUUGUUCCCUUCAAAUCCUCUCCUGGACUGACUUUACUGAUCGUUGUUUUUUUAAUUCCUACAGUGAUUUGAAAUAACUGAUUUUAAGUGACUUUGCACUCUUUUCAGGCACUUUGUGUAAAAGCUGAGAGGUUUCAGAAAUGUCAUUACUCAUAAAUAUGAAUAUAUUAUAAACUUUGUAUUUUUAGUGCUUUGAAACUGACUAUAGAGUUUUUAGUAAAUUUUAAGUCUUUUUUUUACAAUAACAAGCCUCAGCUUUAAAUAAAUCAUGAAUGAAACAACACAGGUUGUGCAGGUUUUAUCAUUAACCUAUCCCUAUUACUUCACACUAAAUAAGACAGGAUGAAAGAAAUUCAUAAUGUAAUAUUUUAAUUAUUUUUCUAAUUACAUUGCAGCUCCAUAUCUUUCUAGUGAUUUAACAAAACCUCUGGUUUUUUGACGUUCUUCUCUUAUUCAGCUAGAUGUCCCAAUAAAUUUGCUUUAUGGGUCUUCAAUAAUGCAAAUGAUUUAGCUUAUAACUCAUAUGUUAAACAUGACUCAUGUUUAAUUUCUGUGGGUGUUUGACUGCUUGUGUGUGAGUUAUGGUUUUCUGUGUGUUAUUCAUCCGUUGUGUUAUCUGAGGUUGGGUCAUAGAAGUUACCAGUCCCAGGAAGAAAACUCAGAGACCAAGCUUAUUCUGGGAUCCUUAGUUGUUCCUAGAUACACUUUCAUUAAGAUAUUAACAGAUUUAUUACAUUUUUGCUUUUUUGUCACACCUAAAUGUUUCAGAUCAGCAAGUAAAUUUUAACAUGACGAAGACAA